AUGGCGACAAGCCUCGAUCAGAAGCAUCAGGACGAAGAAAUGUUCCGUCCGCCCCUAGCCCGUGGUAUGAAGGCUCUGGAUCGCUCUAUCUUCCAAAAGGUCGUCUCUAUCAACGCUGCACGAGUCUUUGACAAUAAGAACAUCUCCAAGGUCCGCUCCCAGCUCGAACGCAGCAAGGACGCUCUCCAGCAGGACCGGAUUGCAAACGUGCUCCCCGACCCGGAUGCAGAAAGGGCCAAGGUCGGGAAGAAGUGUAUUCUAUUGAGACCAGAAGUCCGGCAGAGUGAUCUUAAUACGCACGAUGCCACCAACGGUGUGAACGGAGACACUAUUAAGCACAGUACUCAGGACGAACGAACUACAGCAUGGCCACACUCUCCAGUCCUAGCCGAGCUCGUCAAGGAGGAACUCAUCUCAGUCAUACCCUACAACCUCCACUUGAACUACGACUACUGGACCUACCACGACAUCAUUACGGCCAUCCUACCCAUCGAAGCACAGUCAGAGAUCCCCUCCGGCUUCUCCCAGGUCGGCCACGUAGUCCACAUGAACCUCCGAGACGCCUACUUACCGUACAAAUACCUCAUCGCCACAAUCAUCAUCGACAAGAACCCUGGCGCCAAGACUGUCAUCAACAAGAUCGACGACGUCGGCGAGGAAAACGAGUUUCGAACCUUCAAGUACGAGGUGCUCGCCGGAAAAGACGAUCUCAACGUUGCAGUUUCGGAGGCAGGUUGCGAGUUUCACUUCGACUACUCAAAGGUCUACUGGAACACACGACUCAGCACCGAGCAUGCACGGCUCGUGGAUAUGUUCAAGGAAGGCGAAGCAGUGUGCGAUGUCAUGGCUGGGAUCGGACCAUUUGCUGUUCCGGCUGGAAAGAAACGGGUGUUUGUCUGGGCAAAUGACUUGAAUCCGGACUCUUAUGCUAGUCUCACAGAUGCAGUGAGCAGGAACAAGGUUGGCGAUUUCGUGACGCCAUCCUGUUCAGAUGGCCGAAAGUUCAUACGGGAAGCUGCGGCCCAGUUGCUCGCCGAGGAAAAGGUGGUCGAGAUCAAAAGGAAAGUGUCUCGAAGAGAGGCGCAAGCCCAGGCCCAGACGAACGGGAACCCAGUCAGUCACGGACCGGUCAAGAAAGUCGUUCGGCCGAAGACAUUCCAGCACUAUGUGCUCAAUCUACCCGCCUCAGCGCUGACCUUCCUACCGAGCUUCGUCGGGCUGUAUCCGUCUGAGCUGAGAGACAAGCUGCCUCCUGGGACGGCUAUGCCGAUGGUGCAUGUAUACUGCUUCAGCACAAAAGACGAGCUUGCGACUGGAACCCAUUCGGCAGGCACCGACACCGAGAACGAACAAAAACUGAUGACUACGAACGAGACCGCCGAGCAGAAAAUCUGCUCCGAGAUCAGCAAGCAUCUAGGCUACGAAAUGGUGCCAGGCACGCACGCAGAAGACCAACGACCUGGUGCGGUGCAGAUAUGGGACGUAAGAGAUGUGGCGCCGAAGAAGAGGAUGUUCUGUGCGAGCUUUCGGUUACCUGAGGAGGUUGCUUUUCGACAUCCGUGA